AUGAAAGGAAAUGGGCGAGGUUUAUUUUCUGGCCUCGUUCCGACGAUUCUGCGCGACGCGCCCAACUCAGGCCUUUACAUUUGCUUCUACCACACCAUCAAGCCUUCCAUAAUGUCGCUCCACGACACAUACAACACGCCAAUCACGCUUCUCAACCUCCUCACAGGCAUCAUUGCGGGCAUUUCGGCCACCUUUUUGACACAUCCCUUCGAUAUGAUCAAAACGCAGAUGCAGCUGAAUAACGGGGAUCCCAAUUAUUUGACGGUGCGGAGCACGGUGAAGACGAUUGUGAAUAAUUCGUUGGGAGUGAAGGAUAAGAAUCGGCUCGUUCACGCGUUCAAGAGUAUUUAUACUGGAGGGUUUAUGCGCAUUUCGAAACGUGCGAUUAACUCUACGAUCACUUGGUAG